AUGUCUAACCUUACAAGACUUUACUACUUUGAAAAUAAUAUUUCGUGGAGCUUAGAAAGUUUUUUACAGUGGAGCCUGUUCUAUGCUAACGACUUUGAUGGAAAUAAAGAUAAAGAACAUCGAAUUUAUAAGACACAUUUAGAAGCAAUCUAUAAUGAUCCGAAUUUAUUGAAGAACCGUGAUAGCGAAAGUCUGCAAAAGUCUGCAGAGGCUUUAAAAAAUUUUAAGAUGGAAGCAGACUCUGUUCAAGUUGGCGAGUUCUGGAAAAAAAGUCCGUCUUUCUUAGAAACUUUGAAGAUAGCAAUAAACCUUAAUGCUGAUAAAAUGGUUUCUCGAGUAGCAGAAUUACAUGAUGACUUCAGCAAUACAAUUUUUAGUGUCACUCAGAAUCAAUUACAAUUACGUUUUGGGCAUAAGCGAUCUUAUUCUCACGAAGAAAAUUUUCUGGAGCCACAAAGAAAAAAAAUAUUACCAGGAAGAGGGGUGGGGAAUGUAUUACCUGAUGGCACAAAAUUUGAAAAGGCGACUCCCCUUGAUUUAGUACAGUCGGAUGAUGAUGAGCAUCUCUCUCAAGGAGAUAACGAUGAAGAUGAAGACAUACCUGCUCUGAAAGACAGGCAGAAUGUAGGCAAAAUUAUUGAAGAAAAUGUAUCUGCCAACGCAGAAAAAGUCAAGAAUAAGAAAAGAUUGACGAUAUAUGAAAAGGCCAUAUUAAGAUAUGGUGUAUCAAACAUAAUCGAUUUAUCUGUUAUGAAUGAAUGGUUUUCCGCGAAGGAUAUAAAAUUCAUGGCGAAAGAUUAUAUUGAUCUAUUAAAAGUUCCUCAGUUGCCAGCAGAAGAAAAUACAUUUAUAUCGAAAGUUGAAAGCAUGACGCUUAAGGGAGAUGCGAACGGUGCAUACAAGUUUUGCAUUGAAACUCAUGUUAAUUCCGAAGAAAACAACUAUAUGUACAAAAUAAGCAAGAUAUAUUCCGAGUUAAGUAAGAACAAAGUCGAUAUCCUGGAUUAUGCUGGAGAUACGCACACAGAACUUGAUGUCAUUAUGAAGGCUUUUGGAUAUAUUAUUGAAGGGCUGAACAAUGGUUUUGGGACACAUCAAAAAUGGGGCGAAUCCUUCUGCCCAUUAAGUAAGAGCAAAGACUAUAACAAGGGUCGAAAAUGUGAUUUACGCUUUCUAUCGAUAUCCGGAGUGGACUUAGGAGAGUGGGAAUUUGCAUCUGAAGUAAUCCCUCACAAGGUUGUUAGUGACCGUUGUAGAUCUGCUAGAGUUAAUCAGUCUAUUUUGAAUGGCUUGUUAAAUCUCAAUCUCACCGACGAGCAAGCUAAAAAUAUCAAAGUGCCCUUUGUGCAGAUAUGUGGCACAAGCGGUCAAAUGUUAAUUGUAGAUUUGGUUGAGGAUUUCUAUGUAGUAUUUCCUGGACCGAAGUUUGAGCUUCCCACAAAGCUUCAGCAUAUUAAAAAGCUAAAAUCUGCUGUUAAUAUUAUAAAUUUUAUUAUGAAUAUAUAUGAGCAAACAAAUGAAAUAGCAGAAACUCAAGAAAACACACGCAAUGGAUUCAAUGAUAUUUUUAGUGAUAAUGCCUAUAUCAAACCUAUUCAUUAUAAGGCCAAAUAUAUACAUAAACCAUGGUGGUCUCCCAAAAGCAAAAGAUCAUAA